CUUGUCUUGACUAAACCCAGUAGUGCUCGAGAUCACCUGAGCAUCAGACCGGACUCCGCUCUGCCAGCCGCUCCAGCUCAGCAGCAUGAUGAGACUGUCUGUCGCCUUUCGCCACGCUCAUCGGAGCCACUCGAGCAUACAGAGAUUACGCACCGGUGUCAAAGUUUUAAACCAGGAGAACAGACACACACCUGAUAUCAGCGCGGUUUCUUCUCUGCGGGUUCGAGAAGCGAGCUCGACCAGCGGUACAACUGAAACAGCAGCCAGUUUACAAAGUCAUGCGAGAAAAUACGAUGGACUACCGUAUGAAAGAGCAGUUGGUGACAUUGUUCAGAAGUGCAGAGAAGAGCUGAAAGCUAUUGGAGAAACCAACCCAGGCCUUAAACCUACACUGGCUAUCAUACAGGCUGGUGAAGAUGAUAUCUUAUUGGAAAUGAAUAAGAAGAUGGCUGCAAAGAUUGGCUUGAAUGUGACACAGAUUUGUCUUCCACACCAGUGCACAGAAGAGGAGGUCAUUGAGGAGAUCUUGAGGUUAAAUGAAGAUUCUCGUGUUCAUGGCAUUUUCCUACACCUUCCUCAGACCUUCCUUUCCAAAAGUGUUCGUAAUGCCAUCAAGCCACAGAAGGAUGUGGAUGGUGUGUGUGAUCUUAAUGUUGGCCGUGUGGUGUUGGGUGAUAAGAGAGACGGCUUCACUUCACCUGUUGCUGGAGCUGUGCUGGAGCUGCUUGCCAGACAUGAUGCUCCAUUAGUUGGCAAGAUGGCAGUGCUGGUGGGUGUGGAGGGACCCCUGAAGGUGGCUCUUCAAUAUCUUCUGCAAAACAAUGGCAUGAUACUUCAAACCUGCCUGUGGAGCUCAACAAACCUGCAAAAACAGAUCAUGGAUUCGGAUGUGGUGAUAUCAAUAAACACAAACCACAAUCACAUCCCAUCAACAUGGUUAAGACCAGGCGUGGCAGUCAUCGACCUCGGUUCGGCACUAAUGGAAGAGCACCCUGACAGCUGGGAGGCCAGAGUUGAAGCUCAAUCUGCCGCAGGACUCGGGCCUCUAACUGCUGCUUUUCGAAUUCAGCAUGUGGUGAGGAGCAGCAGACGGUGGAUACAGGAACAGCAGUACCAGCCGUGGAGCCUCCGGCCACUAAAACUUCACCCACUGUCACCUGUGCCCAGUGAUAUUGAGAUCUCCAGAGCACAAACUCCCAAACCCAUAUCCCAGCUGGCCCAGGAAAUUGGUCUGCUACCGGAGGAGCUUGAGGCUUAUGGGAACACCAAAGCCAAAGUCCAUUUAUCUCUCCUCAAUCGCCUCCAACACCAGCCUGAUGGCAGAUACAUCCUGGUGGCAGGUAUAACUCCUACUCCUCUGGGUGAGGGGAAGAGUACAGUGACCAUAGGUUUGGCCCAGGCUCUCUCCGCUCAUCUCAGACUCAACUCCUUCGCUUGCCUGAGACAGCCUUCACAAGGCCCAACUUUUGGUGUUAAAGGAGGAGCGGCGGGUGGGGGAUAUGCACAGGUCAUUCCUAUGGAGGAGUUUAAUCUUCACCUCACAGGAGACAUCCAUGCUAUAACCGCAGCUAAUAAUCUAGUGGCGGCAGCUAUUGAUGCCCGCAUACUCCAUGAAGCUACCCAAUCAGACAAGGCCCUGUACAGCAGACUAGUGCCAUCUGUUAAUGGUGUGAGGCGCUUCUCUCCCAUACAGCUGGCUCGCCUACAGCGUCUUGGAGUAAACAAAUCCAAUCCCACUGAUCUCACACCACAAGAGGUCAGUGCGUUUGUCCGUCUUGACCUUGACCCUGAGAAGGUCACAUGGCAAAGAGUUGUUGAUACCAAUGACCGAUUUCUGCGCAAGAUCACUGUAGGCCAGGCCAACACAGAAAAAGGCCACGCUCGCCAGACCCAGUUUGAUAUUGCGGUGGCCAGUGAGAUCAUGGCCAUCCUCGCUCUGACUGAUGGAUUGGCUGACAUGAGGGCCAGACUGGGGCGGAUGGUUGUUGGUAGCAGCAGGAAUGGACAGGCGAUCACUGCAGAUGACUUGGGUGUGACCGGGGCUUUGGCCGUCCUCAUGAAAGAUGCUAUCAAACCCACACUGAUGCAGACACUGGAGGGCACUCCAGUAUUUGUGCAUGCAGGGCCUUUCGCUAACAUCGCCCAUGGGAACUCCUCUGUCUUGGCAGAUAAGCUGGCUCUUAAACUAGUUGGAGAAGAGGGCUAUGUUGUGACGGAGGCUGGUUUUGGUGCAGAUAUUGGUAUGGAGAAGUUUUUCAACAUUAAGUGCCGGACGUCUGGACUGAGGCCUAAUGUUGUGGUGCUGGUUGCCACCAUACGCGCUCUGAAGAUGCAUGGAGGUGGACCAAAUGUUACAGCCGGUGCACCACUGCCUAAAGAAUAUAUUGAUGAGAAUUUACAGCUGGUUGCAGAUGGCUGCAGUAACCUGAAGAAGCAGAUUCAGAUUGCUCAUCUCUUUGGAGUUCCUGUGGUUGUUGCUUUGAAUGCCUUCAAGACUGACACUCAAGCAGAGAUUGACCUGGUCUGUCGCAUUGCAAAGGCUUCUGGGGCAUCCGCUGCAGUUCCGUGUCAUCAUUGGUCCAGAGGUGGACGGGGCUCACUUGAACUGGCACACGCUGUAAAGGAAGUUUCUUCUCAGGGAAGCCGUUUCCAGUUCCUGUAUAACUUACAGAAUCCUAUUGUAGAGAAAAUUCGCACUAUUGCACAGAAGGUUUACGGCGCUGAGGACAUUGAGCUUUCACCUGAGGCUCAAGCUAAGAUUGACUACUACAAUCAACAGGGCUUUGGUGCUCUUCCUAUCUGCAUGGCCAAAACCCACCUGUCUCUCUCUCACAUGCCUGAGAAAAAAGGUGUUCCCACCAACUUUAUCCUGCCCAUCAGAGACGUCCGUGCCAGCAUCGGCGCAGGCUUUAUCUACCCUUUAGUUGGAACAAUGAGCACUAUGCCAGGCUUGCCUACACGGCCCUGUUUCUAUGACAUUGACCUUGAUCCUGUGACCGAGGAGAUAAAAGGCCUUUUCUGAGGACACACUCUUCACCAGUGUUUCUUGUUUUCCGUGUUGGUCUCCAUUCAUAUGCCAAUGAUUACAAGCUCAUCCAUUGUUUUACUGAGAAUGAAACUACUGAGAGAAACUACAAACAUUCCAUC